GGACGGCGACGUUAUUGACAUUACUACCUGUUGUCAGCAAACAGCAGCAACAUCAUCUCAAUCAGUGGAUAAUCUCUAGGAGAAAAUGAGACCUAUGCUGAUCCUUGUGGCCCUGGCAGGCUUUGGCGCCUGCGUUCGGGCAGACAUUUCUCACCUGUACGGAGGAGGAAGCCACCAUGAUCAUGGCCAUGAUCACCAUCACCAUCAUGAUCACGAUCACGAUCAUGAUCAUGAUCACCACCAUUUGGAAUCCCAUUCGCACUCUUCGCACGAUCAUCAUGAUCUGCACAUUGAUCUGCACUACCAACCGGACUACCAACCAGACUACCACCAUCAUCAUCAUCACGAUGCCAAGUCUAGCAUUCCCAGCGGUUACAGCUAUGGAGCUCCAGAGAAGCCACGUCAAAAGUACCUUCCUCCCAAGGUCUCUCUCCCACCGCCACCACCUCCUCCACCCAAGCCUACUUACCUUCCUCCCUCAAAGCCGGAGGUGAAGUACCUGCCCCCUGAGCCAGUGGUCAAGUAUCUGCCACCCAAGAUCGCUCCCAGCCUGCCACCGCCACCACCACCCCCAGUAGUAGCCCCCAAGCACACCUAUCUUCCUCCCAGUCAGCCUGAGCCCACGUACCUUCCUCCUCCAACACCUGAGGUCAAAUACCUGCCUCCUGCUCCAGCCCCAAAGUAUCUGCCACCUAAGGUUGCACCCGUUCUGCCUCCUCCACCACCACCACCACCAGUGACUCCCAAGGCAUUGUACCUGCCUCCUGCCGAGCCGGAGAUCGAGUAUCUUCCACCUGCCAAGCCUGUAGAGAAGUAUCUUCCCCCUGCCCACCCUGUAGAGAAGUAUCUUCCUCCUCCAAAGCCAGUUGAGAAGUAUCUGCCUCCCAAGCCCGAGCCAAAGUAUCUGCCACCUCACACCAAAGUGGACUUCCACAUCCCAAUUCCGUCGUACGCUCUUCCCUUGGGUCCUGCCCCAAGUUCAAUCCAUGAUGCCGAGCCGGGAUACCACUACAAGCCACCACUACGUCGUUUCAGGCACUAGGAAACCUAGCCAGCCACCGAAACUACCAACCGCACCCACAAUAACCAAACAAAUCUCAUAAACGCUGCAUCUAGCUUUAAGCUGUACAAUUUAAAAUCAAUUUAGACCACAAAAUAAAAUGAAGAAGUCAAUAUUACACCA